AUGGACGAGCAUGCGCCGGCGCCCGGGCCAGCGUCCUCGAACAGUACCUCCGAGGCUGACCCGGCGGCCGAGUGCAGCUACAUCGUGUGGACACCCCAAGCGGGCCUCGGCAACGGCAUCAUCUCCACCGCCGCCGCCUUCCUCUACGCGCUGCUCACCGACCGCGUCCUCCUCGUCCAACACCCCGGCCACGACCUCGGCGACAUCUUCUGCGAGCCGUUCCCCGGCUCAAGCACCUGGGUGCUCCCGGAGAAAGACUUCCCCAUCCGGAGCAUGGAGCGCUUCAACACCCGCACCCCGGAGAGCCUCGGAAACACUCUGCGCCGUGGCGAGGGGUCCAGGGACCCGCCGGCGCCGUGGAUGUACCUGCAUCUACAGAACAACUACCAGCCCAACGACCGGCGCUUCUUCUGCGACGACGGGCAGGACGCGGUGCGUGGCGUGCGCUGGCUGGUGCUCCGCUCCGACAACUACUUCGUGCCGGGCCUCUUCCUGGUCCCGCGGUACGAGCGCGAGCUGGACCGCCUGUUCCCGCGCCGCGACGCCGUGUUCCACCACCUCGGGCGCUACCUCUUCCACCCGAGCAACACGGUGUGGGCCAUGGUGGCGCGGUACCACACCUCGUACCUCGCCCCGGCGGAGGAGCGGGUGGGCCUCCAGGUGCGCGACUUCAAGUUCACUCCCAUCUCCGCCGACGAACGAUACAACCAGAUCGUUUGGUGCGCGUACGGCGAGGGCAUCCUGCCCGCCGUCGACAACACACUACAGGAAUCCGGCAAUAUGCCGACGGCCUACGGCCCUCGGCGUAGGACAGACUUGCCCUCGGCGUACGAUACGCCGACGGGGACCCUCGGCGUAGCUCCUCGGGGAAGGUGGGCCUCGGCGGAGGCCACGUGGCCCUCGGCGUAG